GGUGAAAUUACGUUCGGCGACCUCCUGGGGGGCAUGCGCACCGGCCUUGCCACGCCGCUCUUCACGAGAGGCGCGCUUAUGGACCUCCGCAUACUCCUCGUUGUUAUUGUGGUUCCCCCCCCUGUGGUGGUGGUGGGGGGGGUUGCGGAGGUCCUCCUGGAUGUUGAAGGGCCCCCGUGUGGUCCUCCACGGGGGCUAACGCGCGCCUCCCUUGACGCUGGAGACGGCCUCUUUCCAUUGGCCGCGCCAUCUUGCCUAGGGAAUCCGCCAUCUUUAGUAAUAUGGCGCGCCUUACCUGAUGUUGCGGCGGUCUCUCUUGUAGCGACGCUCCUCGUGGCGGCCGUCAUGGCGGCCAUAUCCAACAUGGCCGCCCUCCGUGAUGUUGACAGGUGGGCCGACGACGAUGAUGGAAGUGUCGCCGGCCCCGCUGCAGUGACGGCCGCGUAUGUGGGGGACUGCCCUGCGGUCCGGGAUGUUGUUGUCCUCGGCGAUGGUGUUGUUAUGUCCGCAGGUGGUGUCCUCGUUGACGAUGAGGUGGCUGCGGAGGAGGUGGGCGGCCGCGAGGAUGGACGGCUUCGCGACGAUGCUCCGGUGUGUGCCGCCGCCGAUGAUGAUGCAGCAGGCGCCCGGGUCCGCGCACUCACAAGCCCACCACUUGCACUAAUUGUUCUUUGUGCCCCAGAAGUCGUGGCGCGACCAGGCUCUUCCCGGGGGAGCUCCGUGUGCUCUUUCUUAAAAUGAUUUAUAACUGUUCUAAGGGGGACUUUUCCGGUCCCCCUAUAUUCGCACACGGAGCACUUGUAUGAAACUGUGUCCCCCGGGUGAUGCUUUUUCAAAUGUCUAAUUAAAUGAGCCUGAUCACUGAAGGAUCCCACGGACCCUAUGACGUUGCUCGCACCCCCUCGACAGCGCGGACAAUAGAGCCGCUCCGGCAAGGGGUAUGCGAGCACGAUUACUCGCGGGGGACUCUGCGCCAUA